AAAGGUUACCGUCAAAUAUCGCACUUUGUUCGUGCGAGAUAUCGCUGAUAUAUCGGCGAUAUCUCGGAACAGCCGUUGAAGUGUUUUCUGGGACUAAUCACCGACAUGUAGGUUUCAUUGGAGGACAUUUGAAACUUUUGGUCAAAGGUAAGGCGACCCUUGCAAAAUCUUCGUUUUUCAGACGUCACUCAAACACCAUCACUCCCAUUUUCCUGUUAGUUAGACCGGCAGAGUCUUGUUUGCUGCGUUCUUAUAUACAUCAGCUUUCUGCGAGAGGUGUCUAGUGAUCAGCUCUACAAAAAGUACGAAAGAACCAAUCAGCUGCGACUUCAGAUAGUUGUGCCUGAAAGAAUGUAUUCUGACAUGAUGGCUGAGCGUGGUUUACGAACAGUAGUGAUUUUUGCCCUGCUGUCUAUCUGUCAAGGUUUGGAAAAUUGUACUGAGCCGUGUCUCAUAUACACUGUUAGGAACAGAAUUGACGCCAUUGAGUUAGCUUCUUCCAGAGUGGUUAACCUGUUAUCCAAUCUUACAUUCCCCGUCAAUCUCGAUGUCCAUGUAAGCGAAAGAACAUUAUACUGGAGCGACGUCAGCCAUCGUGCCAUCAAACGUACCAACAUGUCCAGUGGUGUCACGAAGGACAUUAUUACAGAAGACCAUGGAUAUGUAGGCGACCUUGCCGUAGAAUGGGAAAGUCGCCUACUAUACUGGACAGAUACGUCCUACCGCAGGAUUGAAGUUGCCUCGUUAGACGGCACCAAAAGAAAGGUGCUCCUCACCGAUUCCUCGAGCUAUCCGCUUGGAAUAGCGGUGCACCCAAAGAAAGGAUGGAUGUUUUGGACAGACGCGGGACAAACUACCAAGAUUGAACGAGCAAACCUGGCUGGCUUUGAGCGAACUGUCUUGGUCGAUCUCACCGGUUCAUCUCAGUUCUGGCCAAGGAGUAUUGGCGUAGACUAUACAAACGAUCGCAUCGUUUGGGUUGAUAGCUGGACUGGUGCAGUUGAUUCGGCUGACUUGCAAGGGCAAAAUAGACGAAUGGUGGCAUCUCAAGUUACCAUGUAUCCGUAUGACUUCAUUCUCUAUGGCGACACGCUUUACUGGAGCGACUGGGUGGACGAUACUAUCGAGAUGCUUAACUGGACAACUGGCGAUUACUUAGGAAACUUCAGCGCUGUGAUUUCCGGUAGUGUUUAUGGUCUCGGUCUAUUCGAUAAAUCAAGACAACCAGCGUCAGCAGAAAAUCAGCUUUGUAAGAUAGACAACGGAGGCUGUAGUUACUUGUGCCUUUUGACACCCAACGGAUCUCUUUGCGCCUGUCCUGAUGGCAGUCCUUUCUCAAAAGAUGGUAAACGCUGCCUUGCAGUUUCAGAGAUUACAACAUUUCUUCUCUUUGCUGAGGGAUCAAACCUGAGACAAAUGGCUUUCAACGCUACAACGUCACGAAGAAUUCCCCUCAAAGUACCUGCGUCAAAACCCAUUGCGCUGGAUUUUGACUUUUUGGAAGAAAAAGUCUACUGGACAGACAUAACACUGGGAACAAUCUCUCGAGCGUAUCUCAAUGGAUCAUCUCAGGAGACCGUGGUGAGAGGUGGGCUCAACAACCCAUAUGGACUUGCUGUAGAUCCGUUUGGUCGGAAUAUUUACUGGACAGACAGCACAGAGCAAGUUAUUGAAAUAGCAUCCACAGAUGGACUCUACAGACGAGUACUCAUUAAGGAUAAUUUGCAAAAUCCAAGGGAUAUUAUCUUAGACGUCACUCGAGGGUACAUGUAUUGGACGGACUGGGGAUGGGACGAGAGGAUUGAGCGAGCAGAUAUGGAUGGCACAAACAGAAGAGUGAUUACUCGUUAUGGGCUGCUUUAUCCUAACGGUCUGACUCUGGAUGUUUCUAGGAAUUGGCUCUACUGGAUCGAUACUUCUUAUGGAAAAUUGGAAGUGUACGAGUUUCCAUCUAACACAAGGAGAACCAUAAUACCCGCAUAUAGGGAACCAUUUCUUACUUCUCCAUUGGGGCUGACACUCUAUGGGAGUAAUUUCUUUUGGACUGACACACAUCUUGAUGGAAUAUAUCGAGCGGACCGUAACACUGGAGGAAACGCUUCAAAAGUCCUAUCUACGUCUUCUCGACCAGCUUUGAUUCAUGCGUAUGACAGGAACAUGAAUAUUACUCCAGUAACGGAUCAGUGCAUGAACCAAAAUGGUGGAUGCAGUCACUUCUGCUUAGUCUCAACCAGUGGUAAAAAAUGUUUGUGUUCUGCGGGGUUUUAUCUUCAAGACGACGGAAAAGGUUGUAAAGCUCAAAGAGAGAUCCUGCUUUAUGCAGAUUAUUCAUAUGACAAGAUAAUGAGGGUUUCUCCGCACGACUCUGGAUCAUUUAAUCGAUUGCCGUUUUCAAACAUCUACAGUCCUUUCGCGCUGGACUAUGAUCAAGUAGAAGACAGACUGUAUUGGACACAAUAUGGAAAGAUCUCCCGCGCAUUUCUUAAUGGUUCUUCCCAAGAGACCAUUAUUGACGAGAACUUGUACACCACGUACGGACUAGCAGUGGACAGUGUUGGAAGAAAUCUUUAUUGGACCAAUGCAGGAAAAAGUAUGUUGGAAGUUUCUAAACUGGACGGUUCUCGUCGGAUGGCUCUUAUGACUCAUAACAUAGAUCAACCCAUGGACAUUAUUCUGGAUGUAUAUAGGAGAGUGAUGUAUUGGACAGACAGUGGCACUAAAGCAAAAAUCGAAAAGGCUGAAAUGACAGGCAGAAAACGUGUCGUUAUCGUUAGCUCAGGACUGUAUCGGCCAAACGGUCUCACACUUGACAGAAAGAAAAACCGCUUGUAUUGGAUCGAUGCUGGGUACCGAAAAAUAGAAUAUCUGGAUAUGAAUCAAAAUAAGAGGGUGGUGCUUCUAAGUUCUUACAGCCUAUAUUAUGCCUUUGGUUUGACUCUGCUCGGAGAUUACUUGUACUGGACGUCGGGUUGGUAUAGUUAUGGUGUUUAUCGAGCCGAUAAGGAGACUGGUAGCGGUGUCACCAAUUUCAUCAGCGGCACUGGAUCGUUAAAAGGCAUUUGUGGAUAUAACCUUAGUGAGCCGUUUCCAACAGGAAACUCUUCUUGCCUUGGCGAUUGCAGUCAUAUUUGUUUGUUGUCUCCUAACGGAAGUGAAUGUGCAUGCCCAAGUCACUCUAUCCUUGGAGAAGAUGGGAGGACUUGUAAACAUGACGUACCUCAAAAGAUAUUACUUUUCGCCGAUGGAAGUCUGAGCCAAAUGUAUACACUAUCUCUGGACAAAUCGAACACGAGCGCCAAAUUGGUACCAAUGGCACAUAUCCAUCGUAUGCGUCGUCCUGCGGCACUUGAUUUCGACAGUACAGAAGACAGAAUAUAUUGGACGGAUACAAGCUUGAAUACAAUAUCUAGGAUGUUUAUUAAUGGAUCGUCUCCAGAGACUAUCAUUUCCAGUGGAGUUUAUUAUCCUUAUGGGCUAGCGGUUGAUCCAGUGGGAGGAAAUAUUUACUGGACUGAUCAUUCUCUUAACAAAAUUGAAGUUAGCAGAAUGAAUGGAUCAAUACGAAAAACCCUGAUUUCUCGAGAUCUAGAUAAUCCAAGAGAUAUUAUCUUGGAUAUCGACGAAGGUUUUAUGUACUGGUCCGACUGGGGUACCAGCCACAAAAUUGAGGUCGCUGGCAUGGAUGGAAACAACAGAAGCACACUGGUUAAAAGAGGGCUUUACUGGCCUAAUGGGCUGACCUUAGAUGGUGUAAAUAACAGGCUUUAUUGGGUAGACGCAUGGUUCCAUAUGUUGGAAUACUACGACUUACAGCGUCAUACGAUUACAACUCUGUUACGUGAUAGAUAUGUAUUAUUGAACCCAUUUGGUUUGACAUUGCUCAAAGAUAAAAUAUACUGGACCGAUUCAAGUUCGGGUGUUGUUUAUCAGUCGCCAAAAGACUCUCCGUCAAAUGCAACCGUUCUCGUCAGCGGUUUGUCACAACCAUUGGAUAUACAUGCCUAUGACAGGAAUCAGACUUUUCCAGACCAUCCCUGUUCCAUGUCUUCUGGUGGAUGUUCUCAUCUCUGCCUUCUGAGACCGAAGGGAUUCAAAUGCGCAUGCCCCGAUAGUCUCGAACUGUCGAAAGAUGAGAAAACCUGUGUCCCACAGACAUACAUUUUUCAGAAAUUCUUACUGUUUGCUGAUGCCUGGAAUGCCGAAAUUUACAUUCUCGAUUUGGAUGAAUCCAAUUUUUUGGCCAAAGCUCUGCCGAUAGGAGCCUUCAUGUAUCGACCAGUUGCACUUGGAAUGGACAUUACAGACAAUAGAGUCUACUGGACAGACGUCAGCCUAAACAGUAUCAGAAGGGCAUUCAUAAAUGGGACAUCACCAGAAGUUCUCGUUUCUGUAAAUGUGUCUAAUGCUGAUGGACUUGCUGUUGACCCUGUGGGAGGAAACAUCUACUGGAGUGACGUUCUCGCCAAAAGGAUCGAAGUCUGCAGAAUGGACGGAACCAUGAGGAAAGUAUUGAUCGACAAGGAUCUAGACAAGCCAAGGGAUAUAAUUCUUGAUCUUUCUAAAGGGUUGAUGUACUGGUGUGACUGGGGUACUGUGGCUAGGAUUGAAGUUGCUAACAUGGACGGAAGCAGUCGGCAGAUAUUGGUAAAAAGAGGAUUAUACUGGCCAAAUGGUCUCACUUUAGAUGAAGCAAAUAAUCGGCUCUACUGGGUGGACGCAUACCUUAACACCCUUGAAUACUAUGAUUUGGAACGUCACACAAUAACAACUUUGAUGGAAGAUAGUUCUAAAUUACCACAUCCGUUCGGUUUGACGCUGUUUGAAGAUCACUUGUAUUGGACGGAUUGGUGGUUAGAUGUUGUUAAUCGAGCGGAAAAGAAGACACUUUCAAAUAUGACGGUUGUUGCCAAGGGCCUUGGUCGACCCAUGGAUAUACAUGCGUAUGAUAGAAAUAAACCUCUCCCAGAUCACCCCUGUUCUAAGUCCUAUGGUGGGUGUUCUCACCUGUGCCUUUUGAGACCGGAUGGAUAUCGGUGCUCGUGUCCAGACUACCUGCAACCCGGUGAAAAUUGCUCUAGUUCUGUCCACCUCUAUUCUCCACCUUCUUCAAGUACGCCUGAAGCCACAACAACACAGCAGUCAGCCACCACACAGCAUUCAGCCACCACACAGCACUCAGCCACCACACAGCACUCAGCCACCACACAGCACUCCGCCACCACACAGCACUCAGCCACCACACAACAGUCAGCCACCACAGAGCCGUCAUCCACCAGACAGCAGUCAUCCACCACACGGCAGUCAUCCACCAGACAGCAGUUAUCCACCAGACAGCAGUCAUCCACCAAACAGCAAUUAUCCACCACACAGCAGUCAUCCACCACACGGCAGUCAUCCACCAGACGGCAGUCAUCCACCAGACAGCAGUCAUCCACCAGACAGAAGUCAUCCACCACACAGCGGUCAGCCACCACACAGCAGUCGUCCACCGGACAACAAUCAACUCCUCCAGGUCCUUAUGAUUGUCGUUCGAACAAGUGUAAAAAUGGAGGAUCUUGUGUAAUCCCUGGUUAUUUUUGCGAGUGUCCGAAGUAUUAUGUUUGGGACCUCUGCCUUGUUUACGUUGGUUCAAGCGCCGUAGAAGUAGAGGUAAAUCUUCAAAACGAGGCACAAUGGACAACGUAUAACUUCCGAGCUGCGGUGGCAAAAGCUUGCACGGGUUUUUUUUGCGGAGAUGAGGAAUGUGCAAGGAUGUCAAAACGAGAUGUUAAUUCGGAAAAGAAAUUCGUGGCUUCCGACGCCAAAAUACUUGGACUUUCCAUUAGUGGGGAAAAUACUUUGAAAGUAGAAGUAGCUGUUUUAUUUCCAUCUGUGGAAGGCCAGGUUCCUGAACCUGUACCUCGUGCUACACUGGAACAAAUACUCCAGAAAAGUGAAGAAAGUCUUGGGGCAGCCAUUGGAGGCACGAUCAUUAGGAUUGGCAAAAGACAGGUAGAGAAUCCAACAAAUACUGAAAGGUCUACUCAGGAUAAAGAGACGUUAAACGUGCCAAUUGUUGCUGGGUUAGGAGGCACUGUUGUUCUGUUGGUGCUAAUCGUGGUAUUCUUCGUUUACCAAAUGAUGCGGAAAAGAAAUCAUACAGGGAAAAGGACAGACGAAAUCUAUUUGGACAGUGACUUUGUGCACCCCAGAGCCAAUUCUAUGGUUACAUUUGAAAACCCAGGGUAUGUCGGGGAAAACACGACGUAUGAAUCCAUCCACCACAGAAGUGGAUCGGUGAUAUCCAGACAAGAGCAAGUCAACGGGGUUGGAUCCUUGGACAACAACAACGCCACACAGCAAGCAACCGAAAAAACUUUUAUGAGUAACCCAACCUAUGGUGUGCCAUUCACUAAAGAUCCUACAAAUAUCGAAGAUUCUGAAAAUCGCUAUGCCACCAUUGAGGAGAAGAAGACAGAGCCCUAGGCGAAAGAAUCCGGGUUGGCUGAUAGAGUUAGUUACGUAAAUCUUGUAGAAUAGCACAGAAGACAUUGAUAGUAACAUGCUGUAGCGAAAGUGAAUUAGGUUUCCCUGGCAACUGCAUUUUUCUUUGUUUAUUUCUUAAGAGCUUUAGCUACAAAAAACAUGCCGGAGUCGAUGUUUCCACAACAUCCCUAUCGGCUUUUUUUGGGGCUCGAUGUUGGAAUAAAGAGAGAUUCUUUCAAUUCCUUUAGUCGCAAGCUUGGCACAAACGGGUUUUUUUCACUUUUUUUUUUUCAUUUUCCCUCCCAAAAACCGACGAAAGUGCGUGUUUUUCCAUCUACACUGCCAUGGGAAACUUGUUAGUUUGAAUUCACCUUUUAUAUUCCUUUAGUUUGCCUUGCGAUCUCUCUUGAGGCAGGAAAAGGAUAGGGUCACCAUAAAAAUCUGAUUUGUAUAAAUUGUGGCAAUAACUAAAAUUUUUUUAACAUUAUGACGAAGCUACGCUUUAGCAUCCAGUUCUUGGCGGCGGUAGAAUUAAAUAGAUUUCUGUUGUCUUAGAAAAAGUAUGCACAGCGAUUUUUAACUAUUAGCCUUCGCACAAUUACUGCUGUUAGCAUGAAGGCUCCAGUUGAAGAGAAUUGGGAUGGUAUUACCUCUUGAAUGCUUGAGAAGGAUCUCCCUUGCUCUCUUUUAUGCAAUAGUUGUUUGUCAUAAGGGCAGCAGAGAAGAAAGAAUAAGGAAUUAGUCACAUUACUCUUACAAGUACUGACGAUAUUCCUAAUCACAAUAUUAAUGUUGCAUGCAUUUUGAAAUUGUUAGAUGCACCUUUCUGUUUAUGUUAUUAUAGCAAAUUAAUUUGACUUUUGCUUUUUGAAUGGAUCACGAUUGGCUUUUUUUCGUUUUAAUCUACUUAGUUUUUACGUAUAUUCAUUCCUGGUGUGAAAUCCUCGUUAAUUGAGCGAAAUAAAGUUUCUUGAGUUAUUUUAAUGUCAUAAAAAUUAAAUAUUUUUUUCCAUCAGUG